UGACGCUCCGCGUCAGCUGCUUCCCUCCGUGAAGCCCCUCCUCGCCCGCCCGCCCGCCCAGCGCCAUGGAGGGUGAGGGUGAGGGGACAGUGGGGAGAGGGUCGAGGGGCAGGAGGAGUGGCCCCAAGGUGCCUCCGGGGGUCAAGAGGAGAGCCCGAGGAGCAGGCCAGGGUGCCCAGCCCCGACUGUGGGUGGGCCAGGACGUGCUGGCACGCUGGAGCGAUGGGUUACUCUACCUGGGCAAGGUCCGCAAGGUGAACCGGUGGAAACAGAUGUGUCUUGUUCGCUUUGAGGAUAAUUCCGAGUUCUGGGUGCUGUGGAAGGACAUCUAUCCCCCUGCUCUCCCAGGCACGGAAGGUGUUUGCUGUUUGUGUGGGGAUUCCACCCUCACUCAGAAUAACCUCAUCAUCAAUUGUGGCAAGUGUAACCAAGGGUAUCACCAGGAGUGCCACGCACCCCCUAUCAACACGGACACCACCGCUCCCGCCCGCUGGAUCUGUCGACCCUGUGUCUUUGCUGUGGCCACCAAGAAGGGAGGAGCUCUGAAGAAGGGCCCGUACGCCAAUGCCAUGCGGCUGAUGAAGAGGGUCCUUCCCUACCAGCUCGAGUCCCUGGACUGGGACCCCCAGCACCUGACCAACCAGCAGCAGUGUUACUGUUACUGCGGUGGUCCUGGCGAGUAAGUACCGUGCAGCCGGCAUCACACCGUUAAAUACGGCCCACCUAGUCCGCGCGGAACA